UGAUGAUGAUGGUUAUGAAAAUAAAAGAAGGAAAGAAGAAACGUCAGAAUUUCAACAAUCUACAUGGAUGUGGAUAAGCAAUUUAAUUAAUUUACAAGAGCUCAUGGAUGUUGUAAGCAUGGCUGACACUACAAAUUUUGAACUUUCACUGAGGACAUUCAAUUUACUAACAUUACUGAAAGAGAUAUAUGCUAAAGUUGUAUUUUCAUUAUUACACAUUGUUUUA